AUGUUUCGCAAGCUGCCUGCCUCUGGGUCAGUGGCCGCUGGUACCGUCGAGGCGGCCGAAGUGCUAGGCCUUUGCGACAAGAUGCCGGCCCUCGGCGCUUCCAUGCUGCCGGAGGCUGUCCGGAUUCAGAGCUUCGCAGUGGCGCUGGAGGCGGCAGCCGGCGAGGCCGCCCACACGUCUCUCCGUGGUGAGAUCUCAGCAAAAGGUCAGCUGACCCUCGCCGAAGCGACGGCCUUCCUCGGGCGGUUCGGCCAGGCCUUCAAAGCGAGCGCGCCGUCGCCUGCGGCGCCCACUACCCCCUACGAAGCGCUCGUCCGCCGCGUCGACGCCGGCGGGCAGUUUGAUGAGUUCAUGGAGAAGACCAUCCCGUUUAUCUGCACCGAUGCUGCGCAGCAGCGAGUUGCCGAGGGCGAUCAGGCGGUCUUCAAGCAGAUGCUUCGCGACUUCAUGUCCUCAGGGCUGGCGUCGCUUCCGGAGGCUGGUCUCUCGGCGCUCGCCGGCGGCCCACCGAUGGACGCCAGCACGGCAGCCAUCUUCAUCAUGAAGUGCCAGCAGGCCAAGAAGAGCUCGAGUGCUCAGCCGCAUGGCGUCGCGCCCGCAGCCUCGGCGCCGCAUAUCAUCGUCCGGAGCGCUGGCGCGAACACUAAGACGGAGCUCGAGGAGGACUCGGACCAGGCGAUCCUCGCCGCCGUGUCACAGCUCGACCCCAACGCCAAGGCGCUCGUCAACUCGCUCGCUACUGCGCUCGAGUCUGACGGAUCGCCCUCCAACAUCGCCGCCACCGUCGAGGCGAUCGACGGUCGGGCGGGCGGCAAGCGGGGAGAGGCGGGCGGGCGGGGCGGGGCGGGCCGGCGGGUGAUCGGAGGAAUCGUGUCCACAAUCAGCGGAGCAGCAGCAGCAGCAGCUGCAGCUGCAGCAGCAAGCAGCGGCCUGCCGCAGAUUCCUGCCGUUGUCUGCGCCGCGAUCCGCCGCCGCGCCGCCGCGCCGCCGCCGCCUGCGCUCGCCGCCGCCUCGUAG